AUGCAAAUAACCGAUAUUACUGUGUUCUCCUACGAGGCUAAAUAUGUACAUGGUCAAUAUUCUAUGUCAGGCGGUCGGGUAGCAACAGGACAUCCGUCCAUUGUUGUUCGAAUCCGUACUGAUGAUGGUGUCGAGGGAUGGGCCGAGUCGGCUCCUCUCGGCAGUGAUUAUCUUCCAAGCUCUUUCACCAGGGAGCUUGCAGCUAUCAAGGAGUUGGGUCCGCAUAUCAUCGGCCAAGAUCCUCGGUCGCCCGCUGCCAUCGUCGAGAUUAUGGAUAAGGCGAUGCUCGGGGCACUACAUGCAAAGGCCGUGAUUGACAUGGCAUGCUGGGAUCUUCUCGGCAAGUCGGUUGGCUUGCCGACUGCGAUUUUGUUCGGAGGUUUCCUUACACCCCGACCUCAGUCAUUUUCAGUCAUUCGAAUCCAAGGGCCAGAGGACGCCGUUGCACAAGUUAAGGAAGAGCUGAGCUGCGGCGUUACAGCAAUUCAGCUCAAAGCUGGGGACGAUCCCUUGUCUGACGCCAGGCGAGUAAAGGCCGUGUGUGAAAUGCUUCCUCCCCAUGUUCAGGUCUGGGCGGAUGCCAAUGAGGGUUGGAAUCUGAACCAAGCCCUUUUGUUUGCCCGUGCAAUUGGACAGGAUGUCGCUGUGGGUCUGGAACAGCCUUGCCCGACCAUAUUUGAGUGUGCCGAGGUUGGUCGCCGCACAGGGCUGCCAAUCUUCUGUGACGAGGCGGUCGUGACAUUGGCCGAUCUCUUCGAGGCCCGUGCUGCCGGAAUCGCGGGAGUCAACAUCAAACCAUCUCGGGUUGGGGGCUUGACAAAGGCUCGUACUAUGCGCGAUGCGGCCGUUGCGCUUGGCAUGACGGUUGUUUGUGAUGACACUUGGGGCUCGGCCUUGACGGCUUCACAGAACUUGGUGCUGGCUACUACUACCCCAAGCCGAAGCCUGCGCGCGGUUGACUUGCAGUGUGAAUGGAUUGAGCCGUUGAUUGCAGAUGUUCCUCGCUUAGAGAACGACGGCAAGAUCACGGCCAGUACUCUACCAGGCAAUGGGUUUGGUGAUGUUCGUAUGGACCUUCUGGGUGAGCCGUUGUUCAUAGUCAAGCUGUGA